CCUGUCCAUUUCAUUACUACAUUAGAGCCUGUCCAUUUCAUUACUACAUUAGAGUACUUUGAUUCGAUGAUGGAGUUCUUUGAUUCGAUGAACAUGGUGGAACAUGAAGCAGUUGUAGAAGAAGAAGAAGAAACAAUUCCGGCAUAUUCCGAACUAAUUCUGGCGACUGGGCCACUGUAUUCGCCCGUGAAUUUAGAUUUCCACCCCGAAGUUCAACCUACCUCCCCAUUUGUCGAUCAACCCUUAACUCCUCUGUGGAAUUUUCAAGACAAUAAUUGCGAUUUCUCGGCCAGAGGAGGCCAUGGCAGCUACUCCUUCCCCUUCCCCUUCCCCUUCCCCUUUCCUCGUAAAAGUGGGGCCCUCAGGUCGUUGGUUAUCCUGGAUUUCUCGCUGCCUCCAAAUAUUUGUGACUUAGAUUUCUUGCUCCCUCCAAAUCUGCAUCGCCUCAAGAUGUCGUUUCCCUGGAGUUAUAGCAAGUUGCCUUUGCUAUUGGACAUGACUUGCCUAAAGAGCUUGGUAUAUUUGAUGAUAUUGGUCAGUGUCCGAAUCAGGAAGUUGCGUAAAGUACAGGAAGAGGCAAUAUCUGUUGAAACUACCAAAUUUUCUGGAGAUAACAAACUUGAUUCGAAUCAUGAAUCUCCACAAGGGCCUCAGGAUUAUCCAAAUGGAAGAGACAUGGUGCAAAUUGAUUCAUCUGAGCAGCAGGCAGUGGAAUUUGAUGUCAGACAUAAUGGAGGGAACAUUGUUAUUACGGGCGAAAGUGACACUCCUGUAGCAGGUUCAGAAAGAAAGAACGCAAAAAAGAUAUCAAAGAGAAAACACACAAAUACUGAGACAUUUCUUAGUCCAGAGCUUCUUCAACAACUAAAAGGAAGAAUGACUCUCGAUGAAAUUGCAGAAUGCACCGGUGCUAGUCGAUCUUCGAUUAAACGCUUCUGUAGGAAGUAUGAAAUCCCCCGAUGGCCUCGCAAGAGAAAUGAAUCUGUGCAUGGUGUUGAGGGAGCACCUUCCCAACCAUGUCUCGCUAAAGAUCCACUUAAUGAUGGGAUAGGCCGGCCCGCCAAAUUGAACAAAUCCAACCAACGGAACUUAUCUCUGGCUUUUCGACCGACGGAACUGAGUCCAUCAUCUCCAUAUUGUGUCUCAAAUACUCUAGCUUCGAUGCGGCCUCAAAUCUCAGCUGAACGAAUGCUCACAGAGGUUCAAGGGUGCCCAGAAUAUUUGAAAAAGGGGAAAGGAAAUGAGACAGUCCGUUCAUGUUCUAAUCCGAUUCCUGAGCAUACUGUGACUUCUGUUGCUCCUACUAUGCUACAAGUUAUCGCAAUGCAAGACGUGAGUACCAUGACCAUAAAGGUGAGAUAUAGAAGUGAAAUUUUAAGGUUUCCGCUAUCUCUUUCAUCAGGAAAGAGAGAGUUGGAUGAGAAAAUCUCAAAGAGGCUAGAGUUGAAGCUUGGAACCUUUAGAAUCAAGUAUCAGGAUGCUGAUGGCGAUUGGGUUGGAAUAUACUGUGAUGAGGACUUACAGCUUUGCAUGGGUGAUUCGAAACGAUUGGGGAAAAGUACAAUCAUAAUGUCGGUGGAAUCUUGAAUUGAACGGUUGUGUUGUUUGUAUGGUUAUGAGUUUGUUUACCGCAUAUUUCUGUACUAGUAGGUAUACAU